AUAAUACUAAUUUAGGUGAAGGUCGCAGCAUGUCCGGUCGAGCAAUACCAAGUGAUUUUGUAAAAAGCGUCCUGCAGAAUGGAGCUGGCCGAUAUGUAUGUCAACUGCAAAGAUUAACAUUUAAAUUUUGUAAAUCUUCAGGUGGAAGCAGAGGCACAAGAGACUACAUAGAAAAGCAUCUUAUUGACUUCUCAAGAGAAAAUCCAGGUACAGCAGUUUAUAUACAACCGAGAAGACAUCACACUGCUAGAGUCGUGGCCGAAUUUUUAAAUGGAAACACUGUUGUAAAAAAUAUUAAUUGCCUAAAUCCUGAUGAUAUCAUGAAAUGGUUGGAACAUCUGAGAACGAGAUCAGGCAUUGAAAUUGUACGAUUACGAAAAAGCCAACAUACAGAUUCACCCUCAAUCCAAGGAGUAUGGACACCUUGGACGAAUAAAGAUUCUUCAAUGAACAUUUCAGAUUACACUGACAAAAAAUUAUUGGAAAUGAAAAGAGAUGAGUUAACAGCGACCGAAAAGUUACUGGAAUUAGCUAAAAACUUAAGAGAAAAAGAUAUGAAGAAAACAACUUAAUGGCUUUAUGUUUACAUUACAUUUUUACAUAACUUUUCUUGAGAGGAAAAUACAUAAGAAUAGAAUUAAAAAACAAUCUUUUUUGCAUCUCAGAAGCUAAAGACUUUGAAUAACUUGAUAUGAUUUUGCUAUUCAAUUUAGGUUAAGAAACCGUAAAACAUAAAUAUUACUAUAAUGUGUAUAUAGAGUAGAAAUAUUUAUAGAACUAAGAUUGUAAUAUAAGAGUGUUUGUUGAGAUAGUAAACUUCCGGUGCUCGUUGUAGUCAUCAACUUCACUAAGUGAAAAAGCAAAUCUAAAUGUUAAUAUGAAUAAAAAUCGUUUCGUUACUUAUAGCUAGAAAUAGAGGGGAAAUUUAAAAAUAGAUUUUACAAUUGCAUCAAAAACUACGUUCUUUUAAUAUUUAUCGUCAAAAAACAAAAGAGAAGAUAAUUAAAGUUGAAUAUACAGAAUUAACAUCUAAUUGUUUCUCAAC